AAAUGGAAAUGCGCCCAUGAACGAAAAUCUCGCGAUAAAUUGUAUUGCAGAGAUUUGACAGUAUCAUUACCAUAUGGAUUCCCACACCGUCCUUCUCUUUAAGCCAUUUUCUCUAAUUUUCUAUCUUCCCAAGGUCUUGCUUGCUGAGCCUUUAGCGUUCUAUACUGCGCUUUCUCCUCCAUCACUCUCAAAGCUUUCACACUUCCCUUCCCUCUUCACCUCCAUUGUCUCUCUCAGCUUUCUCCACAACCUUCACUUGGGCUUCUGGUACUGAAAGGUAAUCCCUUUGAACUCCAAACUUUGUUAUUUAGAUUUGUUCCAACGAUCAAAAUUUUCUGCUGGAAAUGUUUUAUUUGGUUUUGGUGCUUCUGCUGCUCUGCAACUCUCAUGUCCUGGUGGGUUCUUUGAAUGAUGAAGGCUUUGCGCUUUUGUCGUUCAAGCAGUCCAUGACGGAAGACCCAGAAGGGUCUCUGAGUAACUGGAACUCUUCUGAUGAAAACCCCUGUACAUGGAAUGGGAUUACAUGCAAGGAACAAAGAGUUGUGUCUCUUAGCAUUCCGAAGAAGAAACUUUUUGGGUUUCUUCCUUCUGCCAUGGGGUCUCUCUCUGAGCUCCGCCAUGUAAAUUUAAGAAACAAUAAGUUAUAUGGAAGCUUGCCCCUUGAGAUCUUUGAAGCCCUGGGGCUCCAAAGUUUGGUCCUUUAUGGGAAUUCCUUAUCUGGGUCUGUACCAAAUGUUAUUGGUAAGCUCAAGUACCUUCAAUCCUUAGAUUUAUCACAAAAUUUAUUCAAUGGGUCAGUGCCCUCCUCAAUUGUACAAUGCAAGAGACUGAAGACCAUCGAUCUUAGUCAGAAUAAUUUCACUGGGUUUCUACCAGAUGGGUUUGGAACUGGUUUUGUUUCUCUGGAAAAACUUGAUCUUUCUUUCAAUAAAUUCAGUGGUUCAAUUCCUAGUGAUAUGGGAAAUUUGUCUAGCUUGCAAGGCACUGUUGAUUUGUCUCAUAAUCUAUUCUCCGGUGCAAUCCCAGCUAGCCUUGGAAACCUUCCUGAGAAGGUUUACAUUGAUCUCACUUAUAACAAUUUAAGUGGUCCAAUACCCCAAAAUGGAGCUCUAAUGAACAGAGGACCAACUGCCUUCAUUGGGAAUCCUCGUCUUUGUGGCCCCCCAUUGAAGAACCCGUGUUCUUCAGGAACUCCAGGUGCAAGUCCGCCAUCCUCAAUUCCAUUUCUGCCAGAUAACAUUCCCCCUCAGGAUUCUGAUGAUAAUGCUGGAAAGAGUGGGAAAUCAAGAGGGUUAAGUAAGAGAGCUGUGAUUGCAAUAAUAGUGAGUGAUAUAAUUGGUAUUUGCCUUGUUGGGCUGCUUUUCUCAUAUUGUUAUUCCAGGAUUUGGGCUUUUAGUAAGGUCAAGGAUGAAAAUGGGUACGGUAUUGACAAGGGUGGUAAGGGAAGGAAGGAGUGCUUGUGCUUCAGGAAAGAUGAAUCGGAAACUUUAUCAGAAAAUAUGGAGCAGUAUGAUCUAGUGGCAUUGGAUGCACAAGUGGCGUUUGAUCUGGAUGAGCUUCUAAAAGCAUCUGCAUUUGUUCUUGGAAAAAGUGGAAUUGGAAUUGUUUACAAAGUUGUGCUUGAAGAAGGACUUACCCUAGCAGUGAGACGAUUGGGCGAAGGGGGCUCCCAGAGAUUCAAGGAAUUUCAGACGGAAGUAGAAGCAAUUGGAAAGCUAAGGCAUCCUAAUGUCGUUACUCUGAGGGCUUAUUACUGGUCUGUUGAUGAAAAGCUGCUCAUAUACGACUAUAUACCUAAUGGCAGUCUUGCCACUGCCAUUCAUGGGAAGCCGGGAAUGAUAUCAUUUACACCACUAUCUUGGUCUAUUCGGUUGAAAAUCAUGAAAGGAAUUGCAAAAGGCUUGGUCUAUCUGCACGAGUUUAGCCCUAAAAAAUACGUCCACGGAGAUUUGAAGCCGAAUAACAUACUACUUGGACAGGAUAUGGAGCCCCACAUUUCUGAUUUUGGACUUGGACGCCUUGCAAAUAUAGCCGGAGGGUCCCCGUCGCUUCAAUCCAAUCGAAUGGCCACAGAAAAAUCACAAGAAAGGCAACAAAAGAGUGCACCAACUGAAGCUACUGUAAUUAGUCCGUCCAGUAACUUGGGAUCUUGUUAUCAGGCUCCAGAAGCUCUGAAAGUGGUGAAACCAUCACAGAAGUGGGAUGUCUAUUCUUAUGGGGUUAUCUUACUUGAAAUGAUUACUGGCAGAUUGCCAAUAGUCCAGGUGGGUUCCUCAGAAAUGGACCUAGUUCAUUGGAUUCAGCUCUGUAUUGACGAGAAGAAGCCUCUUUUAGAUGUUUUAGAUCCAAAUUUGAUGCAAGACGUGGAUAAAGAAGAAGAGAUUAUUGCAGUUUUGAAGAUUGCAAUGGCUUGCGUUCAUAGCAGCCCCGAAAGGAGACCAAUAAUGAGGCACAUUUCUGAUGCUUUGGACAGAUUGGCUACAUCUUCUGUUUGAGAUGAUAUCCUCCGGAUAGUGGUGAGUUCAAUCCACUUGUGAAGUUUGAUGUUUGGGUUAGUUCAAUCUUAGUGAAUAGAUGACCCGGUUAUGAUUGGUGUAUCUGUGUAUUUGGCGUAGGUUUUAUGACAGUAAGAUUCUCUUGUUUUUCUACUGUCAUUUGAUAGAGGUAGGUGGAGGUAGGUCUGCUGCAAGAGCAUUGUUAACUGGAUUGUGCAUCUGUUGGCCCUUGAUUAGUAUAUAUUUUGUGAAGGAUGUCUUCAUGCUCUUAUUGCAGACCUUUUGUAUCUUGUGUUGUUCUUGUAGGUUAAUGAAGUUGAUGAUUUCUUUGUUGGUCUA